UGACCAAAGAGACGGAUUUUUAACCGUGUAGUGGCCUAGUCAAAUGUCUAAAAUGUACACAACCCAUUCACAUACUAAGACAGCCUAUAAAUGGCAUAAUAGUCAUUUACUCUAUCCAAACUUACUGUAAAGCCAUACAUUAAUUACUCACGUACUUAAGAACUUGAAAAGCUGGAAAGAUGACAGGAAAUGGAGUACAAGCGACGAGAAGAAGCCUUUGAAUAUCCAAGCGACAGAUUUGCUUGCCGUCGUGACGUAAUAUCUCGGAUGCUCCGGCGAAGUUAAUCGGUCUUUUUGUGGACCAAGUCGCUUAAGGACAAGGUAGCGAAAGCAAUGGUGCUUUUUCCGUCUCUUUUUGAUGGAUUAGCGAGGUCAGUAUCAAUCAAGAAAGGGAAGAACUCCCAAAAAGAUGUUGGAAAGGAAGCUGCAGAAGCUUUGGCAAAGGAUGCAAGGAAGAGCGAGUUGAUAUUGAGUUCCUCAGGCAUUGUCAAGUCCAACAGAUCAAAUAAUUUUGCCUCCGUCUGCUCCAAGAGAGGGCAGAAAGGAAUCAAUCAAGAUAGCUUGAUUGUGUGGGAGGAAUUUGGAUGCCAAGAGGACAUUAUCUUUUGUGGGAUUUUUGAUGGGCAUGGUCCAUGGGGACAUGUUGUUUCCAAAAGGGUUAAAGAAUCUGUUCCUUCUUCUUUGCUGUGUAAUUGGCAAAAAACACUUGCACUGACAUCGCUGGACAUGGAUUUCAAAAUUGAAUUGGAUAGAGAUCAUCAGUUUGAUAUUUGGAAGCAGUCGUAUAUGAAGACUUAUGCUGCCAUUGAUCAGGAACUUAAGCAGCAUCCCGACAUCGAUGCCUUUUGCAGUGGUACUACAGCCUUAACAAUCAUUAAACAGGGCGAACACCUUGUUAUAGCAAAUGCUGGGGACUCAAGGGCUGUGUUGGCAACAACUUCUGAUGAUGGCAGUUUGGUGCCAAUUCAGCUUACCAUCGACUUCAAACCCAGUUUACCCCAGGAGGCUGAACGAAUAACACAAUCCAACGGUCGAAUAUUCUGCUUGCAUGAUGAGCCAGGUGUAUAUAGGGUCUGGAUGCCAAAUGGAAAGAGACCGGGACUGGCAUUAUCAAGAGCCUUCGGUGACUACUGUGUAAAAGAUUUUGGGCUCAGUUCAAUACCUGAUGUGACCCAAAGAAGCAUAAGAAGCAAAGAUCAGUUUGUCAUUUUGGCAACGGAUGGGCUAUGGGAUGUUAUUUCCAAUCAAGAAGCAGUCCAGAUUGUUUCUUCAACACCAGAUAGGGAAAAAUCGGCUAAAACUUUGGUUCAAUGUGCUGUUCGUGCAUGGAAAUACAAGAAAAGAGGCAUUGCCAUGGAUGAUAUCUCAGCCAUAUGCCUCUUCUUUCACAAUUCACCAACUCAACAGGUUGACCCAUUGAUGAUCUUGAAACAAGCAUAAGCGAUCGAAAUUGUGUAAUGAAUGGCAAAAGAAACCAUUCAGUGCCUGCAGACCUUGUAUGUAAAUGGGAACUGUGUUGGACGAAGAACAUCAAAUUGAAUAAACAGCACCUGAAUAUCAGGCUGCCUCAAUAUUAUCUUUCA